AUGCCAGUGUGUGGAUUCACACAGCUAGAUGUUGUUGGGAUUACAGUUCUAUGUAUAAUAUGCAGUUCAGAAUCGAAGAACAUGUACAUGGAAACAAAUGAAGUAAAAUAUUGCGAAGACUAUGUGAGGUGUCUACCGGCCUUGAGCCUUCAGUAA